AUGCCAUCCGGUCACUGUCAUAGCGCGGAGACUUUUGCCUGCUCCCUCACGGGCCUGAGCCAUCCAUCUCUCUUUAUAAGUCAGAGGACUGACUACGACCGGUCAUCAGGAGGUUCCCCAACUGAUGGCCUAUCGACGCUACGCUUGACACGGACACUCGGUCAACGACGUAAAGCAGACAGGUGUUCUUCCAACAGGCAGAUCCUCCCCAUCCUAAGCCACCUGGAAACUGGUUUACAAGAGCCCGCCACAACUCCCGGCGACUCAAGAACUUUGUAUGUUAAAUUUAUUAUCAACAUUUUAAUUCUUUACACUAUCAUAUAA